AUGGCAUCGCGGCCCGUCGAAUCAGGAAGCAGCACGCGGCCAAAGAGCAGAGAAUCUCUUUCACCGACUGCCAGCCGGCCUGAAAGUAACAGCAGCAGCAAAGCAUCGUCGCCGACCGAAUCGAUCAACUUUCGUUUCUUAAAUUUCGGGAAUCCCCAAGAACAGAGGAAUGCCAAAACCAGGAGAGAUGUUCGCAGCCAUGUCACCACAAGACAACAUCGCAUACAACGCCGUGCAAAUGCUGAGCAGGCACAAGCCGACCGACAAUCACCAAGCGAAGCAGGUUCUUCGUCUCUCAGUCAAUCGCAAACCCCGGCACGCGAGGCCAGCAGCGCUGAAGAGGAUACCUCUCCAUCGCUACCUGAGCAAUCUGUCCCACCCACUACAUUAAGGCGCAUCAACAUGGCAGACAUAUACCCAAGUGAAUGGCAUCCUCAUCUCAGGCCGAUCAUGGAUCAUUACUUACAAAACAUGUCCAUCGACUUGCCGAAUAACGACCCGACUAGUAGAACGCUCCUGGCUACACAUUUCAUGGCAUUGAUACUCUCCGACCCAGCACCAAUACAUGCAGUCAUGCUUAUUGCAUCUACACAUCAUGCAAAGAUCCACGGCGCCGACGCACACACAAUCAGUACCCUACAGCUAAAAGGAAUGGCAAUUCAAGAAAUCAAUCGCGCGCUCACAGAGCAUGGAGCUGAAGGUCGGGCCAUCUCCGAUCAACUGAUCCUUGCCGUCGCCAAAAUGGCGACGUACGAGAUGCUAUUUGGGGACGCCUCGCAGACAUUCAGCCUUCACAUGGCAGGUUUACAACGCAUGGUCACUCUGCGCGGUGGGCUCCAAGCGCUGGGCUGCUACGGACUGCUCGAAAGCAGUCUCCUCUGGCUCGACGCAAACGCUGCGGCCCACACAGGUGUCCUCUACUUCCCACCAAGCUCAUUCCCAUCUUCACGCGGCCAUCCCAAGGCAGACCAACAACUGUUUGUAUGGGGAGCCCAGACUUGA